UCUUGUCAGUUUUGAAAUUCGGUAGUUCUGGCUACGAUUUCUCGGCUUUUAAUUAAUUUCGUUGGGGAAUUUUGCAAAAUGUCGCUACCGACAAAUCAGAAUUUAGUUCUAGCCGCGCUGAAUCGAGCGGAGAUAAUAAAGCACUGCAAAUCUCAGGACUUGCUGAGAAAAACUCCCCACAAUGUGACGGAAGAGAAGCUGAAAGAGGCGGCUGGCAUCGCGAAACAUCUCGCACAAAGCAGUAAAUCGAAAACUGAGCUUCAAAUAAAAGUGGAAAGACAACGUAAGAUGUUACAAGAGUUGUUGCUGCAGUUCAGAAACGCGGGUUCCACCGCUUCAGGCGGCGAGAAAGAAGGUUUAGCAAAUGCGUUACGAUUGAUAGAGAAAAUUAAUUAUAUGAGAAAAUUGACCCUCGUGAUGCUAACUAAUAACAAUGUAGUCAGUUCUGAACAGGUACUGGCUGUGACGCGAGACUUGAUGGAGGACAAAACAUUGCAAAACUACCCGCGGAAAUGAAGCUCUGGCUGCGGAUUGUUUUUGCUUAGUUUAUAAGGAAGAAUUUAUGGAAUUAAAGUACAAACUGGGGAGUGAGCGUGUGUAGUUCCGAUAAUUGUGGUACCGAAUUGUUUUUUUGAAAUAUAUUGGGAACCAA